AUGGCCUUGGCGGGCGGCCCGUGCGCCCGGCUGCUGCUCCCGCGACUCUCGAGACAGCUGUGCGCGCGGCGCGGGGCUGUCCACCGGGCCAUGGCCGGGCUGCGCCGCUUCGCAGUAGAGAUGCCCGACCACACCCUGACUCACUUUGCCCUGGGCUCCCAGAGCCCCGGCGACCAGGACCCGCGGCUGGGCGCGCUGCUCGGGCCCCCGGGGCGCAGCUACUCGCUCUGCGUGCCAGUGGCCUCGGGGGGCGGCUGCGGGCCGAGGGUCCGGGCGGCCCGGCUGCACCAGCGCUUGCUGCACCAGCUGCGCCGGGACCCUUUCCAGCGGUGCCAGAUGCGCAGGCUGCUGGGCUACGCUCCUGGCAGCCAGGCUGGCUGUGUGCAGCACGGCUUUCUGCUGCGCGACCCCCACGACGACCCGGACACUCGGCGCGCUCUGCUGGGCCUUCUGGGCACCUGCCCGGAGACCCUGCGCCUGCACCUGGGUGAGUUCGAGGUAGACUCGCAAGGAACCCUGAGGCAGCGCCUCUGGGGGCUGCAGGAGGGCGCGCAGGUGCAGGUGGACUGCGCGUGCGUCGAGCCCACUCGGGAGCCCCUGCUGCACCCUAUGCUACCCGACCUGCCCAACUCCGUGGUCUUCCCAGACCGAGAUUCUGCCCGGGCUGUAUUGGAGGUGUGUACAUCCUUUAUUCCGGAAGCCCAGAAGGUGCUUGACCUGAUCGACCAGUGUCCAAAGCAGGUCCAAAAAGGAAAGUUCAAAGUAGUUGCCAUCGAAGGACUGGAUGCCACUGGGAAAACCACAGUGACCCAGUCAGUGUCGGAGUCUCUCCAGGCUGCGCUUUUACAGUCACCACCCUCUUGCAUUGGCCAGUGGAGGAAAAUUUUUGACGCUGAACCAACUAUCAUUCGAAGAGCUUUCUAUUCUUUGGGCAAUUACCUGGUAGCUUCUGAAAUAGCUAGAGAAUCAGCCAAGUCUCCUGUGAUUGUUGACAGGUACUGGCACAGCACAGCUGCCUAUGCCAUUGCCACCGAGGUGAGUGGGGGCCUGCAGUACCUGCCCCCUGCCCAUCACCCUGUGUACCAGUGGCCAGGAGAUCUGCUCAAGCCUGAUCAGGUCCUGCUGCUCACAGUGGAUCCUGAGGAGAGAGCACAGAGGCUACAGGGCCGUGGCCUAGAGAAGACCAAGGAGGAGGCUGAGUUGGAGGCCAACAAUGUCUUCCGUCAGAAGGUGGAAAUGACCUACCUGCGCAUGGAGAACCCAGGCUGCCACCUUGUUGAUGCCAGCCCCUCACAGGAGACAGUUCUGCAGACAGUUUUGAAACUGAUCAAAGAUGCUGGAAUCUAAUUGUAUUUCCUAUGGUUGGUGCCAUAUCUCACCAGAAUAGCCAGUGUGUGUGACACAUCUAAGCCCACCACCCCCGACCAAAAACACCGGAAACUAACUGCAGUUCCUAUGGCCAGGUGUCAAAUCACACUAGAACAGCCAUUGUGUUCUUAAGGACAAGAGCCAGAUCUCACCAGAAUAGCAAUUGUGUGACAGGCAAGGCCAGCAUUUGCUGUGCAGCUUUCCAGAUUCAGUGAUUUAGGCACAUUGAGGGGAGAAAAUUGGAGACUGGACAUUUUUGCUUUAUUUCCAAGCAAAUUGGAGGACCCAGAAAGCACCCGGUGAUUGCUUUUGUCUGGCACAUGAGUCAUCUUCUUGGAAUAUAUUUUUGUCUCCGUGACCACCACAUCUUCCCAAGGCUUGUUUUAUCCAGAAAGCAGCAUUUGUACAGAAGUAACCAGAGAGAUUUAAGCCAGUGAUGAGCCCUGAAACCUCGCCUCACCUCCUCCACCUGAUGUUCUGAAGGAAUCAGAUGUGGGCUGCAUUGACUCCUCCCAAAUGUUGUUGCUUUUUAUUGUGAUGGGUUGCAGGCAAGCAUUUGCACAGAGCCUGGCUGUCCAAGGACUUUGCUACCCACAGGUGGCCAUGGUAUCCUUCUUGCAUCAGAUGCACAAAUCACCUGGGACAGUGCCCUGGGUGAGCGACUCAGGACUGAGUAAAAGCAUUCCCUGUAACCUGCCAACACACCAACCUUCUUUCAUUAUAUUUUGCUUGUUUAUAUUCCAUUCCUUUACUCAGAAAUAUGGUUCUGAAAGAAAUAAGCAUUUUACACUGAGCUGGAUGCAUUUCUUUUGCUCAACACAGCCAUUUAUUUAUAUUGAUGUUUACAUCAUGUGUUGCCACAGUCUAGGAGCUAUGAGUCACUAAUUAAAGUUGAAGCCAAGAAGCUA